ACGAAGAAAGCUGUUUGGAGCCGUUAUACCGAAAUGUUUUGCGAACUGAGAAACCUGUUUGUGUAUGUUUAGUAAAUGUUCUGAACUCAAUUUAAUCACAGUAGUUUUGUCUUGGUUUAAAGUUGCAGCGUAAAGCUAUUUUUUUUAAAGAAAUAAUAGUUUUGAGCGCGUUUUUUAUGCUAAGCUAACAGCUAGCAAGGAUGUUUAUUUACCUGAGUAAGAAGAUUGCGAUUCCCAACAACAUUAAGCUGAAGUGUGUCUCCUGGAACAGAAACCAGGGCUUUAUAGCAUGUGGAGGAGAUGAGGGUCUGCUGAAGGUCCUCAAACUGGAGAUUCAAACAGACGAUGCCAAGUUGAAAGGUCUUGCAGCUCCGAGUAACCUCUCCAUGAACCAGACACUAGAAGGACACACCGGCGCAGUGCAGGUAGUUACCUGGAACGAGCAGUACCAGAAACUGACCACCAGCGACCAGAACGGCCUCAUCAUAGUCUGGAUGCUCUACAAAGGCUCCUGGUACGAGGAGAUGAUCAAUAACAGGAACAAGUCAGUGGUGCGGAGUAUGAGCUGGAACGCGGAUGGCGAGAAGAUCUGCAUCGUGUACGAAGACGGAGCCGUUAUUGUGGGAUCAGUGGACGGUAACCGGAUCUGGGGGAAGGAGCUGAAGGGGAUCCAGCUGGCCCACGUGGCCUGGUCGCCCGAUAGUAAGAUCCUGCUGUUCGGAAUGGCCAACGGAGAGAUCCAUAUCUACGACAACCAGGGCAACUUCAUCAUGAAGAUGACCCUGCAUUGCCUGACGAACCUGACCGGAGCUAUCAGCAUCGCAGGGAUCCACUGGUACGCCGGAACCGAGGGUUACGUCGAGCCAGACUGCCCCUGCCUCGCCAUCUGCUACGACAACGGACGCUGCCAGGUCAUGCGCCACGAGAACGACGAAAAUCCGGUGAUCAUCGACACCCUUAUGAACGUCGCCAGUAUCCAGUGGAACCACAGCGGCAACGUUCUCGCCAUAGCCGGAUCGCUCAGGACCCCCGGAGGAGACAAAGAUGUCAACGUCUUGAAUUUCUACACACCUUUCGGAGAGCACCUCCGCACUCUGAAGGUUCCCGGUAAACAGGUGACGGCGCUAUCAUGGGAAGGUGGAGGACUGAGGAUCGGCCUGGCUGUAGAUUCCUACAUUUACUUUGCCAACAUCAGACCCGAUUACAAGUGGGGUUACUGCUUGAACACGGUGGUGUACGCGUACACUCGGCCAGACAGGAUGGAGUACAGCGUGGUGUUCUGGGACACGAAGAACAACGAGAAGUUUGUGAAGUACGUGAAGAGUCUGAUGUCGGUCACCACCUGUGGGGAUUUCUGCAUUCUGGCCACUAAAGCAGAUGAUUCUCAUCCACAGGACGACGUAGACCCGGACACAGCAACAGCAACGUACGUGCUGGUGUUGUGUAACUCCAUCGGGACUCCUCUGGACUCCAAAUACAUCGACAUCGACCCGCUGUUCGUAACCAUGACGAAGACUCACGUCAUCGCCGCGUCCAAGGAGGCUUUCUACGUCUGGCAGUACCGCGUGGCCAAGAAGCUCACAGCUCUGGAGAUCAACCAGGUCGCCAAGACCAAGAAAGAGGGCCGUGAAAGGGUUUACCACAUCGAUGACACUCCGAGUGGCACAGCUGACGGGGCGCUGGACUUCUCCAAAGCCUUCACAGCCACCAGAGAUCCGAUCUGUUGCAUCGCCGCAUCGGACAGAACUCUCAUAGUGGGUCGUGAAUCCGGGAUCUUGCAGAAAUACCUCUUGCCCAACGUCAGCCUGGUGCAGAAGUUUUCUCUGAGCUGCAGAGCGUAUCAGCUGUCUCUUAACUGCAACUCCAGUCGCUUGGCCGUCAUCGACAUGACCGGAGUGUUGACGUUCUUGGACGUGGAUCCGCGCGCCUCGUCCGGGGAAGCGGAAGACGGCGCCUCGGCCGGAGACCCGUCCAAAUUCGAGCGCAAAGACGUGUGGGAUAUGAAGUGGGCCAACGACAACCCCGACCUGUUCGCCAUGAUGGAAAAGACCAGGAUGUACGUCUUCAGAAAUCUGGACCCGGAGGAGCCGAUUCAAACAUCUGGAUUCAUCUGUAACUUCGAAGAUCUGGAAAUCAAGUCUGUCCUGCUGGAUGAAAUCAUGAAGAAUCCCGAGCGGCCGAACAAGGACUACCUGAUCAACUUCGAGAUCCGUUCUCUGAGAGACAGCAGAGCGCUGAUCGAGAAAGUGGGAAUAGAGGACGCUUCCCAAUUUAUAGAGGACAAUCCUCACCCCCGACUCUGGCGUCUUCUAGCCGAGGCGGCUCUGCAGAAGCUGGAGCUGAAGAUGGCCGAGGCGGCGUUCGUGCGCUGUAAGGACUAUCAGGGCAUCGAGCUGGUGAAGAGAGUGGACAAGCUGCAGAGCGAGGACAUGAAGCAGGCCGAGGUGGCCGCGUACUUCGGACGAUUCGAGGAGGCUGAGAAGAUGUACCUGGACAUGGA